AUGGCAUCCCGUAUCGUCCUCGCAUCUACUCCCAUUGCGCGCGGCGCCUUCGUCGUCGGCAGACAGACUGGUGUUCUCGGACGCGGCUUCAGCAUCUCGACGACGAGAACGGCUGGCUUGAAGGAGUCUUCAGGACACGCCGACAGCGAGACGCAUGAGAAGCACAAGCAGGACUCUCUCUCCAAGCAGAAGCAGGGCAAAGGCCACUGGAAGUCUGAGCUUGCCUCAGACAGCGAAGAGGCCAUCAGGGCGGACCGCACCGAGGCUGCCGACCCCAAGACGCUGCAGGAGAAGACCAAGGGCCAUGCCGAGGAGAAGAACAAAGCCGGCACGAGCAACAGCGACGGUCACUAG